UUAAUGUGUUUGAGCUCCAAAGCUCUGUGUACGAGUUCGACCGGUAAACGCUUUAGCAGUAGGCACGAUUUUCUCUCUAAAAACAGAUUAAACCAUGUUGCAGCAAAUUUUGAGGCUCGGCCCCCAGGCCCAAAACACCUUAGGCUUGGUACUAAGGAGGAACAUUGCAGCAUCAUCUGUUGCCAUGGCAUCCACACAGUCGAUGACACCAGUACAAAAGCUGUACUUGGACAAGAUCAAGGAUUAUGCAAAGAAGAGCAAGGCCCAAGGUGGUAAGCUCGUUGAUGCAGAUCCCGUCAUCGAGAAGGAGAUUGCUGCUGAAUCUUCAAGAUUGAAUAAACUCUACGGGGGCGGAGAUCUUGCCCAGUUCCCUACAUUUGAUUUUAAAGAAAUUGAUUUUGAUGCAGUUGAGAAGAAGUAGGAUUUGACUAGCCCGGUUUUUCACCAUCCGAUUGACUCUUGCAUAUGCUGUGUUCUGACGUCGGGAUGGGGAGACAGAGAUUUAAAUAUUUAUUAGGAAUGAAUGAAUGAUUUCUUUGUGUUGAUUUUCAUGACACAAAACCAGUUUCUCUCAAAAUGAAGACAAAUGCAAAGCUAUAAUAUUCAAUUAUUGACAAUGGGAGACUUUCCAACGCUAAGUGGCAGCAGACUUACCGGGUAAAUUUCCACUGUUUACGUAAUCCUAAACAUGUGCGUAUUUCUGAGAACAAUGGCUUUACCCGGAAGUCUGCUGCCACCUAUCGUCCCCAGAAAGUCUCCUAUUGACAUGAAGUCACAGUUCAGAUUCACCCUCAGCAAAAUUGUGUUUGACUUCUAAAAAAAAAGUUGAAGAAACACUGCUUUCUGUUGUAAUUAUGAUUCACUAUACAUUCUAGUCACCAAUUUUUUGUUGUCUCUUCAGACUCGGGUUCAUGAGUCGGGAACCAGCCACAACAUUGCAAACUUAAUGUAAUUUGGGCUGGUAACUUGUUUUUGAUAAAAAGCUAUACUAUUCUGUGCUUAGCGAGUCUUUGUGCUGACAGGCUUUAUGAAAUUGGGCCCUGCUUAGUGUUUUGAUCAUGAUGACAAGGCCCUUUGAAGGCAAAGGGAUCAAAAUAUCUUUGUUUCCAAACACACAAAGGGGCUCCCAUGUUCUCAAAAUUAUCAUCUUUGUUCAAAACUUUUAUAUGUUAAAAUGUAAUUGCACCCCAGAACAAAGAUAAUCGACAACAUAGGGAGAUAGCUCUGUUGGUAGAGCACCAGCACAUUAAUCCGGAGGUCGUUGUUUGAGUCCUAGGUAUGUCAAUUUUUCUUUGUUCCAACCUCGAAUCAUAAAUUAAUUGCACUACAAUUCUUUGUUUGUUGACUAUACAAAAAUGGUUUAGCAUCUGACAAACCAUUCAAACUGUGCUCAUUUUGCAUUCAUAACAAAAACCAUAUUAGGUAUUAUAAUUGAAGUGUGUUUCCCAUAGUUUUUAUCAAUAAAUAGUCAUGUUUUGAUGACGUUAUGUGAAAUUGAA